AACGACUGUUUCCCAGCUGAUACUUGGAUUAGAGACGCCUUUUGAAGAGCAACGUGGCAAGUAGAUGGGACAGAGGACGAGCAACAAGAAAUCAGACUAGAUGACUCUGAACUCUUCUGGCUGUUAAGGACUCAACGCUUGCACUUUGGACAUUGGAAUAAUCGGUCCUGUGGGCGGGCGCCGGGGAAGAGAUAGUCGCAAACAUGAACCUGCUGGCAGUUCUUGUGGUCGCUGUCUACGGUGCCACAGUUGCCACGUCGAAUUUCGUGAUAAGGCAUAUACAGGGGCAGCCCAAUGGAAACCUAACUGACAGCCUCUUGAAGAUGAUUGGAGGAUUAGGAAAUGGAUUAGGAGGAGGACUAGGAGGAGUAGCACCUGUUGUCGAGGAGCCAGUCGACUUCGAGGGAGAAUUCACGCCGGAGAUCAAAAAAUUUCAGCGACAAGUGCUGAAAGCCACCAACCGCGCCAGGCGUCGACACGGAGUGCGCAUAUUGAGGCAAGACCGACAACUGAAUCGUUACGCUCAAGCCUGGGCUCUGAUGUUGGCGCUAAGGGACGCCAUGCAGCACAGGACCAGUCCGGCGUACGGAGAAAACCUCUACAUGUGGUGGAGCACCGACCUGAAGGCGCCCAUUACGGGAAGUGUUCCCGUGAAAGCGUGGUACAAAGAGAUCAAACAGUACGACUUCGCCAACCCCGGCUUCAGGUCCAACAUCGGUCACUUCACUCAGCUCGUGUGGAAAGGCAGUCGACGUCUGGGAACGGGCAUCGCCCGCAGCAGGAAGGGAACCAUCUACAUAGUGUGUGUCUACGAUCCGAGGGGAAACAUGUUGGGCCAGUUCGCAGAACAAGUUCCACGGCCGUUACCUCGCGGUGGCGCCGGCAAAGGUAAAGAGGGGCGUGAAGGCGGUGAAGAAGGCAGCCGCAGAAGACGACGUAGGCGCAGGCGUAAGGAUGAGGACGAGGGAGAAGACGACGACGACUACCAACACGCCAACGAUGACAAGGCGCCUUUGACGAAGACAAGUCCACCUGUGGAAACGUCGAAGCCGAUCAACCUUGGAGGACAAAACGGUCAAGGAAUGGAAGGAUUGAAUAAAUUGUUGAACGGAUUGGGGGGAGGUGGCAGAAUGAUCACAAUUGGAGGCGGUGGUGGAAUGGGUGGAGGCGGCGGUGGAAGUUCUAAUGAGCCGCUGGACUUCGAAGGCGACUUCACACCGCCCAUGCGGAAGCUGCAGCGACAGGUGCUCAAGCAUACAAACCGCUACAGACGUCUGCACGGCGUUCACACGCUGAAGGAGGACGAGAAGCUCAAUCGCUACGCCCAAGCCUGGGCCUUGAUGAUGGCGAAGAUGGACCGCAUGCAACACAGAACCAGGCCCCUAUACGGAGAGAACCUCUUCAUGUAUUGGAGCAGCAACAUGCAGGCUCCAAUCACGGGACGCAUGCCCGUCAAGUCCUGGUACGACGAGAUCAAACUGUACAACUACAACAACCCGGGCUUCAAGUCCGGCACUGGUCACUUCACGCAACUCGUGUGGAAGGACUGUCGACGUUUAGGCACGGGAGUGGCUCGCAGCAAGAAGGGAACCAUUUACAUCGCGUCCGUCUACGAACCGCGAGGAAACAUCAUGGGUCAGUUUGCGGAACAGGUUCCGCGACCUAUUUCCGGAGGCGGAGGCGGGGAUGGAAGUGGCGGCGGAAGUGGAGGCAGUGCCGGACGUGGCGGUAGGGGCUACAACAAAAGGCGGCACCACAGAAGGCGCCAUCGCGACGACGACUACGAUGAGUGAACGACGCACUGGCGUGCCGAUCGGCCUUUCCUUCGACUAUCCGCCCCUGCAUGUCCCAGACUGCCAGAGAGAAAGAGUGGAGGAAAGGGCAAAAAUUUUUCUUGUAUGCUCAAGAUGUCAGUUUGAUUGAUCGCUUGGUUCACUACUAAAGUUAUCGGGUUAUAAGUAUGGUACGUACAGGAAUCACCUAAACGCACGAUUAGCACAUACAGUCACACACAUACAUACAUACAUACAUACAUACAUACAUACAUACAUACAUACAUACAUACAUACAUACAUACAUACAUACAUACAUACAUACAUACAUACAUACAUACAUACAUACAUACAUACAUACAUACAUACAUACAUACAUACAUACAUACAUACAUACAUACAUACAUAUCCCAGACAGAAGUCCUAGGUAAGAUAGAGGAGGCUUUGAAGACCCUAAACCACUUCCUAUAAUUUUUUAAUGUUUGAAGUAAACGCACGCAUCGAGUUGGGAAUGCCGUCACAAUCAACAAUGCCAUACGUGGAAGCGCUACGAGCUGUGGGAGAGCAAAAAAAUAAAAAAAAAACGAUCCCUUGUC